CUCUCUAAUUUAAAUCUUUUAAAUAUUUUUAUUUUUUACAUAAAAGUAAAUCUUAUUUUCUACUAAAACUAAUGUAUUUUACUCAAGUUUUACCAAUAUUAGCCUUAAACAAACUGAUAUUUUCACUAUUAAAAGUAAUAAAAACAGUUUAAUCAAAACAUGCAUAGUGCAAUCAAUGGUGUGUUGAAAUUGUAUUUUGUAUGUGUACAAAUGAUUUGUCUGCACUUUCUAUGCAUUUUAUGCUCAUCCUGUACUUAACAUCAAAAUAUAUAUCUCUAUAUAUAAAUAAAAGAUAAAUUAUACGAAAUCUUUAAAUGAAAGGUACUUGAAUCGAUAGCAGAGCAUUAUUGUACCAGGAGGACACUUGACAGCUCCAUAUUUGUGAAAUUUCUAAGAUUGAUUAUAUUGAAUAAAUAUAAUGUGAAGCAGAAUAUAAUACCCAUCAAAUCUAAAAUAGAAAAAAUGGAUGAUGAUUCAAAAUUUGCAUUGCGAGCUGAUAGAAAUCUUGAAAAAUGUUUGGUGCAAAAUGGGCAAUUUACAGACAUUUUAAAAAUCUGUAAAAAAAUAAUUCUUAAGAGUUUUGGUUUUUAGACUCUAUAGUUUUAAGAAAGUAAUGUUAAAAAUAUCGGAAGCAUACUUUUAAUAGUAAGAAAGGAGCAUUUAAAACAUGGCAGAAUCUACAUUUUGUGAAGACUUUCCCUUACACAAGUGCAUUUAUAAUGGAGACAUUAAAACUAUGAGUACUCUAAUUAGAACUCAUGAUCUUACUCAAAAAGAUAAACAAGGAAAUACUCCUCUACAUUUGGCUGUGAUGUUGGGUCGAAAAGAAUGUGUUCAACUAUUGCUUGCUCAUGGAGUGCCCGUGAAAGUAAAAAAUGUGGCUGGUUGGAGCCCAUUAGCAGAGGCUAUCAGUUAUGGCGACAGGCAGACUAUUCUAUCAUUAGUAAGGAAAUUGAAACAGCAAGCAAGAGAACAAAUGGAAGAGAGAAGACCAAACUUGGUAGCAGCAUUACGACAAAUGGGUGAUUUUUACAUGGAACUGAAAUGGGACUUUCAAAGUUGGGUUCCAUUGGUUUCAAGAACCUUACCAUCUGAUGUAUGUAAAAUUCAUAAAAGUGGAGCUUCAAUAAGAAUUGACACAACACUUGCAGAUUUCAAUGAUAUGAGAUGGACAAAAGGAGAUAUAACAUUUAUAUUUAAUGGCGAUCAGAAACCUAGUAAAUCUCUUACAGUCCUCGAUAAUAAAGCUAAACUCUUUCAAAGAGUGAGAUACGAGGAUACUGAAAUGGAAAUAGAAGAUGAAGUUGACAUUCUAAUGUCUAGUGAUAUUAUGGCAGCACAGAUGUCAACAAAAGGAAUAACAUUUUCAAGAGCUCAAACCGGUUGGAUUUUUAGAGAAGAUAAAAGGGAAAUGGUGGGACCAUUUAACGCAGACUUCUAUCAAAUCAAUGGUAUGAUUUUGGCUAGUAGGAAAAGACGAGAGCAUUUAAGUGAAGAAGAUUUGCAAAAAAAUAAAGCAAUAAUGGAAUUAUUAACUAAAGGAAGCUCACAAAGAUUGAAAGGACCUCCGGUUAGAAAAGCUUCUUUAAACCCUCCUCCAGAGACGAAUAUUCCUUGGGAAGAGUAUCUUGCUGCACCAACGGGUCAAUGUCCUUUACUUGGCAGGAGUUUGGUGUACAAAGAAAGUAGUAAAUCCUUUAAAGCAACUGUUGCCAUGAGCUCUGAAUUUCCAUUAACAGUAGAUAUGUUGCUUAAUCUACUUGAAGUUAUCGCACCUUUCAAGCAUUUUAGUAAAUUAAGACAGUUUGUGUUGAUGAAAUUGCCUCCUGGUUUUCCUGUUAAACUUGACAUACCUAUUCUGCCAACAGUCACUGCAAAAGUAACAUUUCAAGACUUUGCAUUCAGAAGUGAUAUUAAUCCAGAAUUAUUUCAAAUUCCAUCGGACUAUUUUGAUGAUCCCUUCAGAGACUACGGGCUUUAUAUUUCUAUGAUGAUGAUACUAGAAACUACAUCGUCCGUUUGAGGAUAAGAAUUUCCAGAUUUAUGACGCUUCCACAUUUUAAUAUUAAUUACCAGUUAUGGACUGCCUAUUUUAAUUAAGGACCGCAAGUUUCUUCUCAGAGUCAAUUGCAACUUUAAAGUCACUUUAUUGUUAUCGGAAUAGUGCUUUUUAUUUACUUAUUGUUCUAUAAAAAGUGCUGAAUUACAGUGUACUCACACUAGUAACAUAACGUCAUUCAUAAGAAAUAAUCUCUAAUAAACUAUAAUUAAAUUAUUAAA